GUAUAAUUUUUCAAAUUUGUGAUCUGGGAUGUUUAUAAUGGUUGAAGGUCAAAAUACAGCCAUUAUCAAAAGUAUUUUUGGUUACAACAGGCCAUAAUUGCAAUCCAUUCCUGCCUAUGAAACUACCGCCAACGGCGGUCCAGCUGGGUCAGCUCGUCUGUGGUUCAUUUUGAUUUUUGAUAUUGUUGUAUAUCGUUAUUCCCUUACUCAAUGCAAAAAAAUGAAAUAUGUGUACCAAGAACAAGAAGGACCAUGCACAUGGAGCAUUUUUAACAGGCUUCUUGUUGUGCAUAAAAGCUGGUGGUAUCUCCUGGUCCUGUGUGAGGUGCUACUCCAUCUGCCAUCCAGUAGCCUGCAGUGAUGGACUCUGGCGACGUGGCGGCAGUGCCGCAGGCCUCCUACCACAUCGAGGUGUCGUCGGCGGACGGCUCGACGCCACCGGCCGAGUCGGUGCAGUCGCCUCCAUCCAGCGGCAGCAGUGGCGGCGCCGCGCGCUCGGUGGUGGUGUUGCGGGCCGGCUCGGACGGCGGAGAGGCGCGCGGCGUCAAGUAUGUGCUCACCGGCGCGACGGCGCGCCAGGGAGCCGCCGUGGGCGUCACGCCCGUCAAGUCUCUGGCGGUCGGCCGACCACCCAGCGGUCAAGCCACAUCGGCGGCGCGGGCGCGUCAGAUCCUGAAGAAGCGUCACGAUCUCAGUAUGGCGGAGAAGAAGUACACCAAGAUGCUGCACCCGGACCUGAAUGCGUCCGGCGCCGAGCUCGGCGACGGAGCGCAGUCGGGGUCGGCGCCGGUCAUGAUCUGUGAGCCGGAGCCGGAGGCGGGCGUCCAGCAGGGCCAGGCGCGCACCCUGUUCUUUGUGGCCAAGCCGCCGGAGGAGGCCAUCAAAGAGGAGCAGGACGCCGUCCAAGAGGAGGCCGAGGCGCCGGUGCCCCAGCUGCCCGACGGGCCGGCGCCGUCCACAGACGACCCCGCCGACGAGCUGGGCGUGCUGAGACGGCUGGCGCGCUUCAAACUCUCGGAGCGCUACGAGAUCCUGCCGGCCGCCUCGUUGGAGGACGCUGAAGAGAUCAUGCACCGGCUGCGCGUACAGAACCUGGCGCUCAAGACCGAGAUGGUGCGGCUGGCCACAGAAUUCGAGCGGCACGACGACGAGCACGGGCUCCGCUCGCGCCGCGGACGCAAAAAGCGCACCACCAUCGUGGCCGUGGAUCGUCUGAGGGAGCUGGAGAAAAUCGAGGCCGGCAUGCACACACUGUUCACCCCCUCCCAAGUGAAAACCCUCUCGCGUGACUACAAGAAAAACAGCGUCCAGUGGCGCGACGAGGAUUUCCGUCGCGCGCUCGGGCUUCUGGAGCAUAGCAAUCAGCACACCUUCAACUAUGUACGCAAGGUGAUGAACAUACCGCUGCCCAGCAUCGGCACGCUGAAGCUGCGCUGUCCGUCGCAGCCGGAGCUGCAUGUGCGCCUGGAGGCGGCGCUGCGCGAGCGUGGAGACAUGGGCCGCAGCGGUCGCCGGAUGAGCGGCCAUGGCGCGGUCGGAGACGCCGGCGAUGGCGUGGGCGGCGAGCACGCCUACCCGGAGAUGCAGACCGACGACGGCCGCCAGGAGGACGACUGGAUCGCCGUGACGCCCACGCGCGGCAUCCUCAAGAGAAAGCGGUCCUCGGGCGGCGCGGCCUCGGCGCGCAAGGUGACGCACCAGGACGAGGAGGUGGUGUUUUAUGAGGCGCCAACGCCGGUGGCGCAGCGGGGGCGAGGCCGGCGCGGCGUGGGCCGGAGAGGCGGCAGCAGUGCCAGCACGCCGCGCCACCAGAGGGGUCUGGUGGAGCACUACGAGCCACCGCCGCCGCCGCCUCCUCCACCUCCACCUCCCCAGGAGGAGGAGGAGGAGGAGGAGCCCGAGUUCGACGACGACGAGGAGGACGAUGAGGACGAUGAGCCCGAGGACGCGGAGGACUUUGAGGAGGAGUUUGGCGAGGAGAUUGAGAUCGACCCCGAGCAGCAGGAGGUGCCGGCGCAUUACGAACAGUACCAGCCCGCGUACGAGGACGGCGACGGCACCUGGACCACGUGGGACCCGCGACAACUGCAGUGAGACGGCUCUGUCCGGUCGGGGCGCAGGUCAGAGUCCACAGCGUACAUUGGGUGUGUGGAUAUCACAUGGUUUGCCACGAGCUGUGUGGGCGCCAUUGAGUGAGGUUGGGUUUGGCAGGAUGCGAACGUGUAGUGCUCGGCGAGUGGUGUGAUUGGGGAAAGAGGUAUGCAGUUCACCACAGAUGUCUGUGGUAUAUGGAUGACCAUGAGUACAACAGCCUGUCGAAGGGAGUGUGGCCGCCUGCAUGCAGAGCAAAGGCUGGGCUCCCUAUACGUGUGAAUGAUUCGUUUUUGCUAUUUGUUUUUUAUCCUUCGUCAUAUGCUGUCCAGCAAGCCGGGAAAUAUGUAUUCCUUGGAUAGAUGGCAAGCUACGCGCUUUUCGUUAUCUUAUGUGUAGCUGUGUUCUUGAUCUUGAGAAAGCAGUACGUUUUGUCUAAGUUUCCAAGUUUAAUUUAAGGUCAUCAUCCAUCGUCAUUUGGGGAUAUGUGGGGUGCGGUCAAAUACAACAUGCUCAUUGCAAAGUCACUUAGUUUUGUAUUGUUUCUCCCCGCGAUGUAUGAUAGCAUUGCGCGCUGUUACGAACUCUCUGAGUCUGCACUGGAUAAUACCCACGCCCGCCGCCCACACAUUGCGCUGACGGUAUAUCUCGGGAAGCGUGCUUUUGCCAACUCGUUGGUCGCGGCGAGCGUGUGGUCUGUGGGUCUGGGAGUGCGUUCGCGAUACCUGCUACUAUCUGUGUGUCGUUGGUUCAUCUUUGGUGUUUUUUGUUUGAUUUUGAUUUGCUGUACCUAUGUUGACGGCCACAUGAAAUAUGAAUACAAUAUGUGACUUUA